AUGGCUGUGAGUUAUAGCUCAGAAGCCAUCCACCACCACCUCUACUUCCCCUCGGGCGACCGUCGCUCGCAUCUCCGGCGGCCCUGCGCCUCGUUUCGACCCCUUACUGCAGUCGUCGCAGCCACCGCAGCCGCCAAAGUCGGGCUGUCGCGGGCCGGAGACUAUCAACCAAUCUCAACUGCUAACACUCAGAACUACUUAUCUGACAUUCUCAAUCUGAACAUCAAGCAGUUCGACCUCACUGGCAACUGCUGUGACUUCCCCGAUGACGACGACAAUUGGUCGCGGCUCCUCGACCCCCUCGACCCGUCCCUCCGUGGCGAGAUCAUCAAAUACGGCGAGCUCGCGCAGGCGACGUACGACGCGUUCGACUGCGACCCCGAGUCGGAGAACUGCGGCAACUGCAUGUUCGACGGCAGCCGCUUCUUCGACGAGCUCGGCCUUGGCCACCACAGCUACGCUGUCACGCGCUACCUCUAUGCCACGUCCCAUGCCGACCUGCCCCCGUGGCUGCCCCGCUGGCUCCGGCGCUCGCUCCACGCCGACGCAUGGAGCCGCGACUCCAACUGGAUGGGCUUCGUCGCCGUGGGCCCCUGCCGCCCCCGCCGCCACCGCGACAUAGUCGUUGCGUGGCGCGGCACCAUCGUUCCCGCCGAGUGGUUUGAGGACUUGCACCGCAACCUUGAGCCGCUGCACCCAGCAUCGGUGGCGUCGGCGGCGCACGCCGGUGCCGCCGCCAGGGUGGAGCGCGGAUUCCAAAGCAUGUACACGUCCAGGAGCCAUGCCACGCCGCACAAUCAGCUGAGCGCGUCGGAGCAGGUCAUGCGAGAGAUCCGACGUGCGGUGAACUACUUCAAGUCGAAGGGAGAGGAGGUCAUGCUGACCGUCACCGGCCACAGCCUCGGCGGCGCCCUGGCGCUGCUGAACGCGCACGAGGCGGCAUCGGCGAUCCCCGACGUCCCCGUGCGCGUCAUAUCCUUCGGCUCCCCGCGCGUCGGCAACGAGGCCUUCGGCACGGAGCUCCGAAAGCUGAACGUGAAAAUUCUCCGCGUCGUGAUCAAGCAGGACUUGGUCCCGAAGCUCCCCGGGAUCAUCAUGAACGAGAGGAUGAGACGGUGGGAGGCGGCGGCGGGGGCGCUGGAGUGGGCGUACGCGCACGUCGGGCACGAGCUCAAGCUCGACGUGGCGGCGUCGCCGUACCUGAAGCGUGACGUCGACUUCGCCGGGUACCACGGCCUCGAGACCUACCUGCACCUGGUGGACGGAUACGUCGGGUCGAAUUCAGGGUUCAGACGGGGGGCGAGGAGGAACCUGGCGCUGGUGAACAAAGCAGGGGCGAUGCUGCGGAGGGAGCUCGGGGUCCCAGCAUGCUGGUAUCGGCCGGCGGCGGCUGCAGCCGCAGUUUCCGUGGCAAUCAACAGCUAUGAGAAAGGGGUAGUGAAAGAUGUAGAGGCUUUGUGUGGAGAAGAUGAGAUUGUUAAUAAUCCAAGAAGAGUUGAUAGAUGAUUAGCCCAAAUUGGUUUUGUACAUUCUGUAACUAUCAUUCAA